UCUCUCUCUCUCGUACAGCAAAUGCUGCACUUGGCUUCAGAACAGCGAGGCUGUAAGCAUAGCGAGCUGAUCGAUGUUCAUCUCCACGCUGUCGCUGCACCCGAGAGGUACAGCUGAGCCGAGAGAAGCGGCAGCGGCAGCAGCAACACACAGAAAAAAAUCAGCAACAGAAACGCUCCUGGUUUUCUCCAAAAACCAACUGCUUUCUCGUUUUACCUCAUCUGGUCCGGGAAGACAGGACUUAGAACUUGCACCGGGGGCUCGGCAGCAUUGGAGGGGCAAAUCCGGACAACUUGCUCGCCUCUUUCCCUGCCCCCUCCCUACAAAACCCAACCUCCUCCUUAAAUCCUGGUGCUUUUUGAUCAUUUUUUUAACCCUCUCCCCCCUCCGAGGGUUUUUUUUUUAAUGUCCCCUCUUUUCUGCUGUUUUAUUUCUUCGUCUCGCUUCAAGAGCGGCGGCAGCUGAUUGCUGAACGUCAGCCCAGGCAGUUUAACAGAGGGAUCGCUACGCUGUGACAACGAAGCUUCAGGCAAGCAUAAAAAAGUCUUUCUCCCUCCCACCUCUCUCUCUCUCUCUCUGCCUCUCUCCAUGCAACGCGCCGUUCAGAGAAGUUUUACUUACUGAGAACCGUCCGUGCAAAGACGCUGGGGGGGAGAGAGUAAGAGGACAUCUGUCCAAACAGGGGCAACAAACAGAAAGAGAGAGAGAGAAAUAAAAGAAAGCAGAACCAGGGACUUUCAAAGUGUCGAGAACAUCCAGAAACAGACUGAAAGCAAUGACUACAGAGCUGGCCAUUAAUGCAGAGUUGCCUACCAGCCCGCUGGCCAUGGAGUAUGUCAAUGACUUUGAUCUGAUGAAAUUCGACGUGAAGAAGGAACCCUUGGGAACUGACCGCUCCGGGAGACACUGCAACCGGUUACAGCCCGCGGGCUCGGUCUCUUCCACCCCUAUCAGUACGCCGUGCAGCUCGGUGCCUUCCUCCCCCAGUUUCAGCCCCACCGAGCAGAAGACCCACCUGGAAGACUUGUACUGGAUGACGGCCAACUACCAGCAGCUGAACCCGGAGGCGCUGAACUUCAGCCCGGAGGACGCGGUGGAGGCUCUGAUCGGCAGCGCUCACGUUGUCCAGCUGCAACAGCAACAACAAGCGGGCUAUGAAGGGUUCCGGGGUCACCAUCACCACCACCAUCACCAUCACCACCAGUACCCAGGUGUGAGCCCGGACGAGCUGGGCAACGGUGCGGGUGCCCACCAUCAGCACCAUCACCAUGGGCACCACCACCAUCACCAACAGCAACAACAGCAGCAGCAGCAGCAGCACGGCUCUCCAGCCUCGGGCACCUCAUCCCCCUCCCAGCAGAUCCAGAGCUCUCCCCAUCACCCGGGCCUCCACGCCGAGGACAGGUUCUCGGACGAGCAGCUGGUCAGCAUGUCGGUGCGGGAGCUGAACAGGCACCUCCGGGGCUUCUCCAAAGACGACGUAAUCCGCCUGAAGCAGAAACGCCGGACCCUGAAGAACCGCGGCUACGCGCAGUCCUGUCGCUACAAGCGGGUGCAGCAGAAGCACCUGUUGGAGAACGAGAAGACCCAACUCAUCCAGCAGGUCGAGCAGCUCAAGCAAGAGGUGGCCAGGCUGAUGAGGGAGCGAGACGCCUACAAACUCAAGUGCGAGAAACUCGCCAGCAAUGGCUUCAGAGAGGCUGGGUCCACCAGCGACAACCCACCGUCUCCAGAUUUCUUCAUGUGAGUCCCCAAACGCCUGCCAUCCUCCAUCUAUAACACCCCAUCCAUAUGCCUGCUUGAGAGUUGUUAGAGAGAGCGAGCGAGAGCGAGAGAGAUACCUAUCUACAACAUAGCCCAUCCAUGUAUAUUGCCUGUGUUGGUUAUAUAUAGAGAGAGAAAAAUAGAAAACCUGCAUUUAAAACACACACACACACACACAAAUUAAUCCUGCAUGCUGGACAUGUAUGGUAAUAAUUUCUAUUUUGUACCAGUUUACUUUCCAUUCGGCAUGGCGUUGGUCUUAGCUUGUGUAUUUGAAAGAAGUUAUCACAGAAUAGUUGAACUUUUUACUGUCUGUGCAGUCCUCGGUUUUUAGCUGACGAAUAUAACAGCUUGUAAAUAAAUGCAACAAGAACUGUGUCCAUAUGCACUGAACCAUUUCAGCAGGCUGUGUUUUUUUUAAUGAAACUUUUUUUUCGGGGGGGAGGAAAGUUGUGAGCAAUUUUCCGCUUUAACAGAAACCAACAUUGUAACUUCUGCGCAUCUUCUUUCUUUGUUUUGGUUACUUUAUUUCCCUUGUUGUUUUGUUUGCUGCAGUUUUUUUUUCAAAGGAAACGGACAGAUAUGAAUAUAUACCAUACCAUUAGCAACAGUCUUUCCUUGUGCCAUUAACGUGUUAAUUUUACCUGGCGCUCAGAACAUGGGCGAUGAUUGCUUCAGAAUUUAGCUGAUUUAAGACAAUGACACUUUCUUUUUUAAAUUUAGAUUUUUUUUGGAUACUCCAAUUGUAAACUGUUCAUCACACAGUAGGAAGCUGUAUUUGUUUUAUAAAUGCGGUUUAUUUCCUAAAUCCCUGCCAAUUCUGGAGACAGAGACAGAAAGGUCAAGUUUUGGGUUCUGUAUGUUGUAAAUCCAAUGCUUGCUAACAAACAUGCAGUCACUGUAGUGAGAAUGUUUUAAAGUUUUUUUUAAGAAAAAUCUGAAAUUGAAACUAUUUUUUAUUACUGACAGUGUACGAAGACUCCAUUAGCCAAGCUGGUCGGCUAAAGUCUUCUUUACACCAAAGUGAUGCUUGAAAAAUGUACUCUCUUUAAUUCUCGAUAGUAUGCAUUCUUUUCUGUUGUGCAAGGUCAGUGUGUAAGAAGCACUGACAGUGUGACCAAAUUGAAAACUCUCUUUGUAAACCGCGCACUGCUGAGCGGAUGCAAAACGGCGUCUGACCUAAGUGAGUUUUUUUUAAAAAUGAAUAAAAAGUGUUAAGUUAACAUGAAUAUAACUAGACGGCGUGAAGGCAUUUGUGCUUCUUUACUUUUUAAAUAUUGUUAAAGCAUGAUUUUUUUCUCCAGUCGAGAAGAGAGAAAUAAAACAUUGAUUGUAGUGAUUGAAACGACCUUAUUCAGAUUCAUUAACUGCUCACAAAAAUUGCUCCCAUAAAUCCUGAAGAGAUCAUAAGCAGACAGCUUAUGGGAAUGACAAUGCCUUUCAAUUAUCUGUUCCGAACUGGAGUACGGUGGUGUUAUCCAAAAAAAAAGGUUUCUGUCUUUUUUUUCUCUUUUGUUCUGUGAAGACUGUUUUUUUUCUAUUAUAUGCUUAUUAAAGUCAUUCAAAUGGCAUUUAUUUUGA